UGAAAAUGAAAGCUGGGCACCACCGGCUGAAACCUGCACUGCUUAUUUUGAUCUUGAAUUUAUGUUUUUACGCGAGUUACCAGCUGACUGAGCCGCAGAUAUGUAAGCUCUGCAGCGGGACGGUCCUGAAUGGCACCGUGGUGGACCAGUUCUGCUCCGCAUCCGCUGGUCGGAUAGACGGACGCUGCUGUUUGAGAAACGACAACACAAGCGACCCUGAACACAUCAUCGGGUUGGAUCUGUCUAACUGUUCACUGACUCAUGUGGGGGAUCUUAAAGAAGCAUCAACAGCGUUAAUGAUGUACGUAAAAGACCUCUCACACAAUUCAAUUGUCAACAUCAGUGAAUCAGUAUUUCAAGGAUUUAUUGAAUUAAAUUACAUGAUUUUGCCAGCAGACAUAGGUUGUCCAGGAGGCAAUGCGUCCUGGGAAAAGGAUGAGGUCAAAGAGGGAAAUCGUCUUUGCGAAGGCCAGAAAAAUACAUGCAACCAGACUGGACAGCUGUCCAUUAACUGUCCGGAGAACUCCCUCUGCGGGCCCUACGGCCCAGGCUUCUUUCAGUGCAGCUGUGCUGGCAACUAUCAUGGAUACAAGUGUCUUCGAGAGGGUGAGUUCCCAAAUCUCCUGGUGUUUGGGCCUCUUGGAGCAUCCACGGUGGUGAUCUCUGUCCUGCUGUGGGUCACCCAGAGAAGGAAGGUCAAAUCACUGUGAGGCUGAACUGCAUUUGACUGGUUUUUAUCUUCAUCUGCAAUGAUCUACUGAGCUGAAACUGACUGUUCUGAAAGGGAAAAUGCAGACACAAAGUCUGAGGUGACCCCAGGCUUCUUUUAGAUAUUUUAUGAUUUUUACACUUCUGUGGGGCAGCUGUGUUUUAUCCAGGGACAUUUUAAAACUGACAUUUGAAAGGAUUUGAGAACAUUUUGCUCUAAGUUUUAAAAUGUGUUUUUUCUUAAUAAUGACCACUAUUAACACUGAAGUUGCGUAAUGUUGACUGAUACUAAAUUUUAGUGAAGAGGUUGUGUUAAACAAAACCCUAAAGAGUUAUUUGCUGUUAACUGUGCCAAACAGAUAAUGAAUGUGUGUUUGCACAACAAUGGAACUACAUGUCUUGAAGCAUGUUUGAGAUUAUUUGUAGAUUUUUAUCAAAUUUGAGCACCACUUUAUUGCAUGUUGAACAUGUCGUUUACUGUGCGCAAAAACCCAAGUCAGCUUCAGUAUUGAAAUCAUGAUUUAAAUCAAGAUCCCAAGUUUAACUGACCUCGGUUUUUAUUCUGGAAAAGGAAUUUUAUUUAAAAGUUGGACGUUAUCUACUACUGUGCAGUAUAUCAUUUAGUUGUCACCAUCAUAGUCUGAGCAGUGUUUUUGUGGUCCGGUGAACCAUUAACAUAUUAUCAUCCUUCAUAAUAAAUGAUUGAUUGAUGAUUGGUUUGUAUCUAAACCUGCAGAAAUGUUUUUAUCGCAAUAAAUGAGUGUGAUUUAUACUGUUGCCAGGCUGUCUUACCACAUUGCACGAGACACAAUACUGCUGAAAAUGCUAUUAUGUUUGUACUAUUUGUUCAUCAGUCACAUGAUUAUUUGGAAAAUGUCUUGAUAUUGAUGGGCAGGUAAUUUUGAUGCUUCUAAUAAAAACUCGAAGAGAAA